AAAGCCCAUUGCAAAUUGCUCAAUGCUUAUCCGCGCCUGUGAUUGCCAACGGUCUAAGCUCCCUUGCCAAUGGUUUUAAUCUCGCUCUCUCUGCCUAUUUAAACCACAUACUCCUUGCUUGUUCCCACAACACACUUAUCCCCCUUCAUUGUUCAUCGUAUCUUUCAAAUCUGUGUUUCCACUGCAAUAUACACGGCUAAAAAUGGCUGUUUUAGGUUCUGAGAAGAUUGUGAUUCACUUGCUGUUAAUGUGUAUAGUGGCAUUGUCCACAGUGGACGCCGCCGCUCGGCCCCUUUUUCACUGGAGAAAGCUCUCCGCUCUGGUAAAAGAAGAGCCUCUUGUUCUGAAAUACCACCAUGGCCCCCUGCUUACCACAACACCCACUCUCAAUCUUCAUCUCAUCUGGUACGGCAAUUUCACUUCCGCGCAGCGUGCCAUUGUGGCCGAUUUUGUGCAGUCAUUGGGAUUGGGAAACGGCAAGCAGGGGUCUCCCUCUGUGUCCGCCUGGUGGAAAACAACAGAGGCCUACAGAGGCUCUGCUCCUUCCCAAUUAAACCAAGCCCAACCUUUAACCCGAAGGCUGGGGAAGCAGAAGCUGGACGAAGCUUAUUCUCUCGGAAAGUCCUUGAAAAGAACUGACAUUGCUGUCCUGCUGAAGAAUGCAAUCCAGUCCAGAGCCCUGCGGCCGCCUGAGCAGAAGAAAAGCAAUGGCGUGGUGGAAUUGUAUUUGGUGCUCACAUCAGAUGAUGUUUUGGUGGAGAACUUCUGCAGUAGCUCAUGCGGAUUCCAUGGAAGCGACACAGCAGACAUUGAAUACGCGUACGCAUGGGUGGGAAACUCGGCAACGCAGUGCCCGGGGCAGUGUGCGUGGCCAUUUCAUCAGCCUAUUUACGGCCCGCAGAACCCUCCUCUGCUGCCGCCCAACGGUGACGUGGGCAUUGACGGUAUGAUCAUCAACAUUGCGGCUACCAUUGCCGGAACAGUGACGAAUCCGUUCAAAUCGGGAUACUUCCAGGGAGACGUCGCCGCUCCAUUGGAGGCAGUCUCGGCGUGUCCGGGCAUGUACGGAAGCGGGGCUUAUCCCGGUUACGCCGGUCAAUUGUUGGUAGACGAGACUACAGGCGCCAGUUACAACGCCCAUGGCGUUAACGGCCGCACAUUCCUUCUGCCAGCAAUGUGGGAUCCCACCUCACGUUCCUGCAAGACUUUGGUGUAAAUUACCCAAACAAUUUUCGGAGAGCGCUGUAUAUAAGUAUUUUCACAGGCUGUGGAGAGUUCCGACCUCAGCUGUAUUCAUUUGAUCUUUUAAAUCAAUAAAUUAUAAAUUAUUCUGUAUAAA